AUGACAGUAAUGGAAGAAGUAGAACCGACUCAAGAAACGGAUGGCACGACGACUCCUCCCGCCAUGAAUACGUCAUGCUGCUGGAACAAAUCUGCUUGGAGGAUGGAUCCGAGGAAUAGUUAUAGUGACUGGAAGAUUGAAAUAAGUGUGCUCACAUCAGCAAGCCUCCACACGGAUGUCUCUCCCAUUAAUUUCCAGGUCCACAAGUUCUUUCUUGCUGUCGGUCCUCGAAAAUCAUUGUACUUUGACAGCCUGUUCAGAUCUCAAAUGAAAGAGUCCAAAGCCGGAAAAACAAGAAUUACACUGGAGCCGUCUGCUGCCAAGGCAUUCCCAGUUUUCUUGGACUACAUCUAUACUGGCGAUCUCGACUUGAAUCCUAGCUCUGCGGUAGCGCUUGGAUACUUGGGGGACUACUUUGGAGUCGCCAAACUUUUGCCGCUGGUGGAUGCAUUCAUUCAAAAGGACAUUCAACAGACACAAGCCAACGUUCACGUCUAUUGCGAGGAGGCAAUCGUGUACAAGAAUUCCAAAUUGGUUGAGACCUUGAUGACAGCUGUGGCAACAUUGUCUCAAGAUGAGUUGCUUCAAGCAGCGGCGAACCAUGGUGAUAGUGUGAAAUAUGACGCUACGCCAGUGGAAGAGAUGAUGUCACUCUUAUCUCUUGAACAGCGCAAUCAAGUGUAUCUCGAAGCUCUCCGAGUUGCUCAUGCUGAAAUGGCAAGGCUCAAACCGGUUAAGGACUUCCACACGGGAGUAUUUUCGAACGUUGCGUUCCGUCCGGAACUGAUUCCUGCGCUUUUCGAAUGCCUCAAAAGGGGUGGCGCCAUUCGGUCCACUCAUGGCCAAACUUGGAUGCCAAUUUUCUAUUAUGAUGGUAGAGCAUGA